AUGACGUGGGCUCCAGGCAGGAGCUGCUGUCUCACGGACGGUUCCUUUGCAGGGCUGUGCGCUGGCCUAGACCUAAGAAGAGAUGAGUCACUUCCCAGGCCCUCCAUCCGUGCCUGGCCCAGCUGGAUACUUCCUGCCAACAGUCAUGUGACACUGAGUUGUUCCACGCCCACUGGGGAGGUCGACUUUAGGGACAUCAAGUUUGCUUUCAGAAAGAACAACUUUUCUUUGGAGUCCUCGCCAUCUCCUGAUUCCCCAGGGGGCCUGGCAGAGUUUCACCUCACUGACCUAAAAACCAGUGACGCUGGAGAGUACACCUGUGAAUACUACAGGACAGGGAGCCCCAAAAGAAGGUCACCGUCCAGUGACGUCCUUCUCCUACUGGUGACAGGCAAUUUACUGAAAGCUUCCCUUAAAGCCCACAAAAGGCGGAAGGUGACUGCAGGAGAAAACGUGACUCUGCAGUGCCAGCAGCCCAGCCAUAUGAUCAAACCUCACAUGUUUGCUCUACUGAAGAAGGGAACUUCAACACCAAUAAUGGUCCAGGGUCCAGUAGGAAUGGAGACAGACUUCUCCCUUCCACGUGUGACAGGCAGUGACGCUGGGAACUACAGCUGUGUGUACUACCAAACAAGGGCUCCUUUCUGGGCCUCAAAGCCCAGUGAUGAGCUCACGAUCUGGGUGACAGGCACCCAAGGCAUGGACGCCACAACCGUGGACGAUGAAGCAACGGGGAGUGUCACACACGCGGAGCUAGCAUCGCCGGGAUGUGUUUCCAGCCACACUCCGCUCCUCACAGAUGAAACGGAGCCUCCCAAGAGAGCAGGAGUGACACUAGGAACCACUGAAAUCAUCCUCAUUGUCAUCUUCCCCCUACUCUUCCUCCUCGCAGCCUUCCUCAUCUGCAAAUACACCUGCUGUGGGGCAGCUCUUAAAAAGAUGACCAAAAGCUCCCAUUCUUCUAAGAAAGCUGAAGAAGUGGUGACAGACGCGUCUCCAGCUAUGAAGAGCUGCCCUCCUGCCCUGGAUGAAGGAUCGCAGGUGCCAAGAGCUGAGGAACCUCAGGGAGUGACGUACGCUGAGCUGAACACCAGAGCCCUGAACAAGGGCCCCUCCAGCCAGGUGCCACAGCCCCCGGAAACCUGCGUGUACUCGGCCCUCAAGAUGUAGCAGGAGAAGACCUGGCACCAGGAAGAACCUCAAGGGGGUGGGCGAUGGGGCAGAGGGCCCUUGGGGGACUAGGCAAAUGAGGAAACCUUUCCUCAAUCUCCACUUCAGACUUGCUUCCUCCUUCUAAGAAAGUAACAUUUAUUUUUGUAAGUGGCAGGUAUCAUUGGCAUAGAGUGAUAUUCUGAGAGAGGACUCAGGACGGGGGUUCUGUCACUGCCAGGAAGACCAACCAUGUGAUGAGAAGGUUGGGGACGGGAGCCAGGUGCUAUCAGCCGGUCCUCUGGGGAAGAGAGGGAGGCUGGGGACGGACUCAGUCACGUGGGCAGUAAUCCAAUCAACCACGCCUGUGUGAUGGCAUCCCAACGAAGAUGCUGGACAAGGAGACUGGAAAGCUUCCGGUUGGUGACACACCAUCAUGUGCUUGGAGGGUGGACACAUCCUGAAGAUAUAGCAAGUUUCGCUGCUGGUACUGAUUUGUAUUCUUUAUAUAAUAAAAUUG